AUGUAUUUUGCUAUUUCAUUAUAUUGGCUUGAAUUGCCAAUAAUUCGAUUUACAUUUCUAGCUUUACUUUUCCAGCCACUUUUAGUACUUUCUAAGGGUGGAGGUGGAGCUAGAAGUGGUAGUGGAAAAAGUAGCCCUGGAAGCAGUUUCAGUGGAAGUUCCAGUCCUAAUCGUGGCUCUUCUAACACAUGGGUUUUUUGGUAUAAUGGUGGAACAUGCGGAAGCUAUUGCAUAUUAACUUUUUCAAUAGUUGCAUUUAUAAUAUUGGCAAUAAUUUUAUUUGUAAUCUGGAGAUGCGUUAUAAAAAGAAAAUACUAUAAAAAUAAUGUGAAAUCGUACGAAUCCAUUGAUCUUGAAAGUACUAUGCCCGCAAGUAAUAAUAUUCGAUCUCGAACUGAGAUGCAAUAUCCUCCGUUGCCUGGAACUGCUCCCAUUAUAAUCGCACCUCCACCGGCUUACACAAGCAUAUCGCCUGCUUCGGAAAAGUCUCAUUCACAUGGAUUAAGGCAUGAAGCCUCUCACAAAGCAUACAAAGCUGCAAACCAAUUUACACGUGAAAAUCCACCUCACGAAAUAUUACCACCACAAGAACAUGUAGAAUAUAUAUUGUCAUCCGGUCUAAAGGCCUGGGAAAUGAUAAUACCUAAGGAACGUGCAAUUCCAUCUAAUAUUGUAAACGUGUCAAAUAAAGGACGCGUUGUAACGUUUCAUGGAAAAAAUGACGUCAUGGUGCAAGCAAAUUAUCCACAUUUUCGCCCACAGUAUGAUGAUAAUAGUUCUGCCCAACCAAGUCCUACCUCAAUAAAUUCUACGGCUGAAUUAAUGAUUAGUAGUCGGUUGGAAAAAAAUUAUCAUAAAAGUUCCUUAUUAAACGAUGGGUAUCGAUUAAAUUUGGAUAAUACUGCUGAACCUUGGUUUUAUUACUUUGAAGUAACUAUACUAUCACAUCCUAACGUAAAAGAUACUACAAUUGCUGUUGGGCUUACAACAAAACCAUAUCCAAAUUUCAGAUUACCUGGUUGGAAUGAUCAUUCAGUAGGUUAUCAUUCUGAUGAUGGAAACAAAUUUCACAAUGACGGCUUUGGAGGUCGAAGUUAUGCUGAAACAUGGGGUGAAAUUGGAGAUACUAUAGGUUGUGGCUAUUAUCCUGACACUGGAAUUGUUUUCUUUACCAAAAAUGGCAAAUAUCAAAGCAUUGCAUUUAGUGGACUGAAACAUAUCUGGUUCCCAACCGUUGGGGCAGAUGGUGAAUGUAAAGUUGAGGUCAAUUUCGGUGAUGGUGAACGUGAAUUCCGAUAUAAAGAAGCUAGAGGGGCAAGUGUUGCCGGUCCCAUUUCGAUGAAAUCGAAUGAUGAGUUAAGUGAAAAGACUAUCGUUGUAAGUUAA